AUGCACACCAACGAAGUUCACAGUGAGCUUGCUACUGUAAAUAAUGGACCACACAAAUGGUGGCAUCGUCGUUGGGUUAAAAUAACCGGCAUUUCCGUUAUUAUUUUAAUAGUUUUUGCUGUUACUCUUGGUCUGGUGUUAAAUUUCGUCGUUUUUGCACCGAAGAAAUCAGAAACCAAUACCCCCGUGGCAACAUCAUCGUCAUCACUAGCGACAACAAUAUCAACACCACUAUCAUUAUCAACAACAUCACCACCAAUGACACCGAUCACAACUUUACCACAAACAACAACUACGACCACAACACAGCCGUCAGAAUGGUCUGUUACCGGUAAUAUGAUUAAUGCAAGAUAUUAUCACACAGCAAUCGUAUUAUCAACUGGAAAAGUAUUAGUUACUGGUGGAUCCUAUGGCCUUACUAGUUAUUUAAAUAGUGCCGAAUUGUAUGAUCCAUCAGCAAGUACUUGGACAACUACUGGUAACAUGACUAAUGCACGAUCUUAUUACUCAGCAUCUGUAUUAGAAAAUGGAAAGGUAUUAGUUACUGGUGGUGUAGGCAAUGGUUAUGUAUAUAGUGCUGAGCUGUAUGAUCCAUCAACAGGCACUUGGACAACUACUAGUAAUAUGAUUCAUGCGCGAUUUAGUCAUACAACAUCUACAUUAUUAAAUGGAAAAGUAUUAGUUACUGGUGGACGGGAUAGUAGUAGCAACGCUACUAAUAGUGCUGAACUAUAUGAUCCAUCAACAAAUACUUGGACAACUACUGAUAACAUGAUUAAUAUGCGAUAUUAUCACAUAGCAUCUAUAUUAUCAAAUGGAAAUGUAUUAGUUACUGGUGGAUGGGAUGGUAAUAGGGUUGCUAUAAAUAGUUCUGAAUUAUAUGAUCCAUCAACAGGCACAUGGACAACAACGAAUGAUAUGACUAAUGCACGACAAGGUCACACAGCAUCUAUAUUAUUAAAUGGGAAAGUAUUAGUUACUGGUGGAGCUAAUAGAGGUGGUGUUCUAAAUAGUGUUGAGCUAUAUGAUCCAUCAACAGGCACAUGGACAACUACCAGUGAUAUGACUAAUGCACGACAAGGUCACACAGCAUCUGUAUUAUUAAACGGGAAAGUAUUAGUUACUGGUGGAGAGAAUCGUAAUGGUAUCAUAAAUACUGCUGAACUAUAUGAUCCAUCAACAGAUAUCUGGACAACUACUAGUAAUAUGAUUCAUGGUCGAUUUAGUCACAUAGCAUCUGUAUUAUUAAAUGGGAAAGUGUUAGUUACUGGUGGCACAUCCAAUGGUUAUGCGCCUUUAAACAGUGCAGAAUUAUAUUAA